AUGAAAUCGGUGACGGGUCGACCGCCUGCUUUUUCCGAUUGUGUCGGUUUCGUCUCUUCCGUGGACCUCAAGUCAUCCGGUUACAGCGACAAAGCGAACGGCAUCUGUUGCCCGAAUAGAGCAUUUACCUGCAUCCAGCCGACGGCCACUGGACCAAAUCCGACCGAGCCACGAUGGUGGUAUAACUCAAUCACUGGAAUGUGUCAGCAAUUCUUGUGGGAUCCAACAGCUGUGGGACCAGGAGAGCAUUCGCCGAACAAUUUCAAGACGAUAGAACACUGCGAGAGCUACUGCAGAGACGGCUGCACACGAGGUGCUCCUGAGUACGAGUCCCGUCUGUCGUUCCAUGAGGAAACACCAAUCACCGGCUGCUCGCAGUCGACGACCUGCUCGAACAAUUUUGAAUGCAAGACUGUGGGCAGUUCACAAUGGUGUUGCCCCAGUGUGGCAUCUGUUUGCGGCCCUAUCGGCGGGCGACCGCUUGAUACUUCCAUUUACUCCCGUGGCUCUGUCUAUCACUCAGGUGUCGAAAAGCAGGGCACAGCUCCUUCGACUCGUUUCUUCUACGACGUAGCGACUGGGAAAUGCUCUCCAUUCACGUACCUUGGAGCUGCAGGGAACUACAAUAACUUCCUCUCGAGAAUUGACUGCGAGCUGUACUGCGCCAGACGUAAGACCAUAAAUGAUUGCAUGUUCAAACAACAGGAGAGAAUGGCCCGUGUUAUAUACCGCUUUUAG